GUUCGGCAGCAAGACCGGGCAAUGUUCGGUAACCAACUUCCUGGUGAUUUGGCAUUGAGUAGCUUAACGCCCAUAGCACUACAGUCAUGCUACGGAUCUCAGGCAUUGGCUGCCGCUCUAGAGGCCGAUUCUGGGGUAGGCAUCCCAAAGUUGGACGGGGCCAAAGCUAGGUUCCCUUUCACGGAAGUGAGAGUCUCGAGACGAUGUGCGGGAGUGGACAAAAAGCGCGCCAUAGAAGCGCUUAGAAACGGCCCUCAACGGCCCUCGGCGGGUCCUGAAGUGAGGCGUGAAAAGAUGGAUUUCCAGAAUCGUGUCGGUCACAAGUUCGGGACGGCAGGUCCCGCAACAGAUCAGGAGAUCGCAGCGGACAGGCGUGAACGGCUUCGCAAACUUGCUCUGGAAACGAUUGACUUGUCCAAGGAUCCCUAUUUCAUGCGCAACCACCUUGGCAGCUAUGAGUGCAAGCUGUGCCUGACGCUUCACACGAACGAAGGAAGCUACCUGGCGCACACGCAGGGCAAGAAGCACCAGAUCAACUUGGCCAGACGAGCCGCGCGCGAGAAACAGGAUGCAACGAUCCAGCCGCAGCCGCAAACAUCUUCAGGACCUCGGAAGACGGUGAAGAUUGGUCGGCCCGGAUACCGAGUGACAAAGGAGCGUGACCCAGAAACACAGCAGAAGGCUUUGCUCUUCGAGGUUGAGUAUCCAGAGGCCUUGGAGAGAGUGAAGCCUCGGCACCGGUUCAUGUCUGCCUACGAGCAGAAGGUGGAGCCUCCCGAGUCCAAAUUCCAGUACCUGCUCACGGCCUGCGAGCCUUACGAAACCAUCGCCUUCAAGGUUCCGAACAUGGAGAUUGACAAGGCCGAGAACAAGUUCUUCACCAGCUGGGAUCCGCAGCGAAAGGUCUUCACGAUGCAGAUCUUCUUCAAAGAUCGUGAAGAGAAGGAGCUGCCGGCUUUGCCCCAGCGACCUGGGACCACCAACCUGGCCUUCCACGGUGGCGGUGGCUUUACACGCUGA